AUGCCCACAGGGGUGUGGUACGGGAUCACCACCAACCCUCUGAUUCUGCAGCGCUGCGGCGUCAAGUGCAACUUCGAGACGCUGAAGAAGCUCGCGCUCGACGCGCACGCGCUCGGGGCGGAGGAGCUGCAGCUCCAGACGUGGGGGGAGUCGGUGGAAGACAUGGUGGGCAACGGUCAGCUGUUGGGGGCCAUGGGCGUGGGUGACAUGGAGAUCGUUGUCAAGGUGCCCAUCACGGCCAGGGGCCUGACCGCGGCGUCGCGGCUGAUCGAGGAGGGCGUCCCGAUCACCAUGACGGGUGUGUACGCGCCGCACCAGGUGGUGGCGGCGGCGGCGGUGGGCGCGAGCUACGCGGCGCCGUACCUGGGCCGCAUGAACGACGCGGGCCGCGACGGGAUGGUGUCGUGCAUGCAGAUGCAGGAGAUCAUCGACAACGCCGGGUCGGAGAUGCGGCUGUUGGUGGCCUCGGUGCGGAACCUGCGCGAGGUGACGGAGCUGGCGGCGCACGGGUGCAACACGUUCACGCUCGGCGCGGCCGUCGCAGAGGCGAUGUACGCGGACCCGCUGACGAACGCGGCGGCGGCGGAGUUCGAGCAGUGCGCCAGGGACGGGGGCGCGUAUGACUGA